AUGAUUCGUGAAGGGAAAAGAACAAUGAACCACAAUAUAGAAACAAAAUUAAUCGUGAAGAUCUUUCGAGCUGCCAUAAUCGACGACACAACUCUUUUGAAACCUUACAAUGGUUCUAGCUACUAUAGAGUUGUGGCAUACACGGACACCGAAGAUCAAUACGCAACAGGAAAGGUUGAGGUUUUAAAAAGAAACUAUUGGGAGUUUAAUCAAGAACUGGUGAUUUCUUUGGAUUUUCCUGCAGAAUAUCUUUACAUAGAAUUGCUUAGAUCAGGGUCUUCGUUCAAAGACCCCGGGACGUGGAGAGAUCCUGGAACAUCAAGUGGAAUGGUUGUGAUGGGUCAGGGAAAGGUUCGAUUGUCUGGUCCAACCAAGCAUGGCAAGUUCUCUGGUGCGGUCGGUCUCUUCGGUUUGAACAGUGAUCGAUGCGUUUUGGAAAAAGGAACCCUAGAAUUGUCUUUGGAACUUCGUAAAAUUGUGGUAUCAUAA